UAUCCGUUAGUCUGUGGUACUCACGUGUGACCCUGGAGGGCGCCAUAUUGCAAUUCUAGAGUUGUGUGUAGCUGUGUGCGUAGUGACUUUCAAAAAGUAUAGAAAAUGGCACAAAAUUUAAAGGAUUUAGCAGGCAAAUUCAGUGGUGGUGCACCAAAAGGUGUUGGAUUGGGAUUGAAGCUAUUGGCAGCUGCUGGCGCGGUUGGGUAUGGCAUCAAAGAAUCAUUGUACACAGUUGAUGGUGGUCACAGGUCAAUCAUCUUCAGCAGGAUUGGUGGGGUGCAAAAGGAUAUCUACAAAGAAGGCUUGCAUUUCAGAAUUCCAUGGUUUCAGUAUCCAAUAAUCUAUGACAUUCGAUCAAGACCUAGGAAACUUACUUCUCCUACUGGAAGUAAAGAUUUGCAGAUGGUGAACAUUUCAUUACGUGUGCUGUCUCGGCCAGAUGCGAGUAUGUUGCCUGUGUUGUACCAGACGUUGGGGACGGACUACGAUGAGCGUGUUCUCCCAUCUAUUGUCAAUGAAGUGCUGAAGAGUGUCGUGGCCAAGUUCAACGCGUCACAGCUGAUCACGCAGCGAUCACAGGUGAGUCUACUGAUCCGACGGCAACUCGACGCCCGUGCAAAGGACUUCUUCAUGAUUCUGGAUGAUGUCGCCAUCACUGAGCUGAGUUUCGGCAAGGAGUACACAGCCGCUGUUGAGUCCAAGCAGGUGGCGCAACAAGAGGCACAGAGGGCACAGUUCUUUGUUGAGCGUGCAAAACAGGAACGUCAGCACAAGGUUGUGCAGGCGGAGGGUGAGGCAGCAGCUGCAAAGAUGCUGGGUACGGCCAUAUCACAGAACCCCGGCUACCUGAAGCUGAGGAAGAUCCGAGCCGCGCAGAGCAUUGCCAGGACGAUUGCACAGUCACAGAACCGUGUCUACCUGAAUGCUGGAUCACUGAUGCUUAACGUGAUAGAUGUGGAGUUUGAUGACUCGUGCGACAAGCUUGGUUCAUUCGAAGCCUCCAGCAAAUCGAAGAAGUAGAUUCUAGUUGUUAAGAUGCUUGAGACCAAAAUUUUGGCACUGGAUCAAUCGCGCAUGGAUGCUAAAGUGACAUAUAUUUAGUGAGAGGAUUUGUGACCUACAUGGGAACAGUUUGCAUGCAUAGCCACAAAAAAAAGAUGUUGAUCAUAUUUUGCAACAAGUAUCUAUGUAUCUCCAAUGUGCAUUUUAUUUGGUAGAAUUUGCAAUAAUAUGAGAUAAAGGAUAACAAUUUUGCAUUUCUCAAGUGUUGACAGCAUCGAUCUAUUUGGAAAGUGUUUGUAAAAUCACUAUUUUAGAAUAAUGGUCAUGCCAAGCAUAAAUGUUACGUAGAGGUGAAGUCACACUGUUUAAACGUUUCCACAUUUUGCCUGAAUUGCCAUUAAAUAUAAACCACUUAACAACUGGUAGUGACAAAGAAAAUAAACAAGAUCUUAUUGUUAAAAAUAAAAAAGUAUUUGAUAGUGUUCAAUCUAGUUCUAGCAAUUAGUAAACUGUAUUUGUAUCCUCAGAGUAAAUAUAAUGUAUCGAAGUUCAAUUAAUACUUCAUACAUGUGCUUGUAGGUGUAAUAUCCUUGUAUUGUAAUUGGUAAGUGCUAUCAUGUCACAUACCUUCCACAUAAGAAAAUAAAUUUUCUUUUGUUCUUCAAA